CUUCUCACUUGUUCUGCCGAAACUAGAAACCUUUCUUAUGAUACCCUUUUGAUACUCUUCUGAUGCUAUUUUGACAUGGUAUCAGAGCAGCGAUCUUGCUGAUUGCUGACUCUUGUUCUAAGUCUUUGCUACCUCCAUGGGGGAAGAUGUUUUUUCCCCUGCUGGAAAUAGCACCACCAACCGUUCUCAACCUACCUACCUAGAAGCAUUAACGACACCGAUCCGGACCCAGACACCAACCCGACUGAUUGGCCUCACCUGGUCGCUUGAUGAAGAGCAUACACUACUCGCUUGAUGAUGAUAAUCUGGGAACAGAUGUAAUAAAAUGGAACAGAAGCUUUAGAGAAGAGGUUGGCGAACCAGGGCCAAUUCUUGAUGCUAUGGCAGUUAUGUUGGAAAAUAUCUCAACUAUUACAGUUAUAGCCAGAACUACAAUUUCUGCUGUUUAUCGUACUGCUCAAAUUGUAGCUUCCUUACCCAACUUGUCCUAUCAAAACAAGGCAUUUCCUGAGGCAUUGUUUCAUCAAUUACUCCCAGCUAUGGUCCAUCCAGACCAUGAAACACGUGUUGGAGCGCUUCCUGUCUUCUCUGUUGUUCUUGUGCCAUCUUCAGUUUGCCCUGGUCUAUCCUCAUCCAAUACAGAAUCAAGAAAGGCCAUGGAUUUUCCAAGGACACUCUCAAGAACUGUAUCUGUAUUUUCUUCUUCAGCUGCCCUUUAUGAGAAGCUAAGAAGAGAAAAAAAUUAUUUGCGGGAAAGUAUUUGUGAAGACAAUGAUGAAAAUGUUGUUAAUGAAGGGGAACAAAGAGACCAAUAAUGGGAUUCUGAGCAGAUUGAAAUCAUCUUAUAGUCGGACAUAUAGCUUGAAAUUUCUAUGAGCAAUUCGACCAAGGAACAUGAAGCCAAUUCCCUCAGGUUGAGCAGCCACCAGAUAACUCUCUUGCUUUUAUCAAUUUGGGCACAAUCCCUCUCUCCUGGGAACAUGCCCGAAAACUAUGAAGCAAUUGCUCAUACG